CGGCUGCGUCCGUCUUCUUCCUCCGGCCAAACAGAACGAAAGGAAACACCUAAAAUACCCAGUCAAAACGCCCUGCCCUCGCGACAAGGUCCCCCUGGCCAGCCCACCACCACGGCCUCCACCCCGUCCCCCCUCCCGACCCAAUCCCGAGAGCCCGAUCCCCUCAUGGCGUCGGAGAUCGAGGUUCUCGAGGACACAACCGCCGCCGCCGCCACCACCACCACCGCGGGCGCCGUGGUGGCCGUCGCCAGGGACGCCGAGCCGGCGGAGGAGCCGCUCAAGGACGAUGUGUACACGGGCGCCGCGUACGGGGACCUCGAGAAGCUGCACCGCCUCGUCGAGCAGGAGGGCCGGUCGGUGACGGAGCCCGACGGCCUCGGCUACCACGCGCUCCAGUGGGCCGCCCUCAACAACCGCGUCGCCGCCGCCCAGUACAUCCUCGAGCACGGAGCAGAUGUAAAUGCUAUAGACCAUACAGGGCAGACAGCGCUUCACUGGAGUGCAGUGCGUGGUCAUAUUCAAGUUGCAGAACUACUUCUGAAAGAAGGAGCUAAGGUGGAUGCUGCUGAUCUAUAUGGAUAUCAGACCACGCAUGUUGCAGCACAGUAUGGUCAGACAGCAUUUCUUUAUCACAUCAUUGCAAAAUGGAAUGCUGAUCCUGAUGUCCCUGACAAUGAUGGAAGAAGCCCUCUUCACUGGGCUGCUUAUAAGGGAUAUGCAGAUUCCAUACGUCUCCUUUUGUUUUUGGGCACUUAUAGGGUGCGGCAAGAUAAAGAAGGUUGUACUCCUUUACAUUGGGCUGCUAUUCGAGGGAAUUUGGAAUCAUGCACUGUCCUAGUUCAGGUUGGUAAAAAGGAGGACCUCAUGGUGCAAGACAAUACUGGCUUAACUCCGGCCCAACUUGCUGCUGAUAAGAAUCAUCGGCAAGUUGCAUUUUUCCUCGGUAAUGCCAGAAGAGUGCAUGAAAGAGGAUGUGGUGCGAACAGUUAUUUUGGGAAAAUAUCAAAAUUAGGACUCGCUCCUCUUCUUUGGUGUAUUAUUAUAGGCUUAAUUGUUGUAUAUAUACAUUCAGUUAUCUCAGGACAAUACACUACAAAUAUGACAUUGUUAUUUGGCUUGUUUUCAUGGUUGGGAAUUUUCCUUGCAACUGCUGGACUGGUUAUGUUUUAUAGAUGCAGCAGAAAAGACCCUGGCUACAUCGAUAAGAAUAUCAGAGACUCACAAAAUCAAAGAGAUGAUGAACCUUUGUUGAAGAGGGGUCUAGACAAUCCUGAACUUCUAGCUGGCAAUUGGUCUCAACUGUGUAUAACUUGCAAAAUUGUCAGGCCCAUACGCUCAAAACACUGCUCUACAUGUGAUCGUUGUGUUGAGCAAUUCGAUCAUCACUGCCCUUGGGUAUCAAAUUGCAUUGGAAAGAAGAACAAAUGGGAAUUCUUCAUGUUUCUUAUCCUAGAAGUUUCUGCGAUGAUCAUUGCUGGUGUAACAGCCAUCAUAAGAAUCGUAGCAGACCCAGCUUCUCCAGCAUCCUUUGGUGGAUGGCUUAACUAUGCAGCUACAAAUCAUCCUUGGGUGGUGUCUUUUGUUAUAAUGGAUUUUUUACUUUUCUUCGGCGUUAUAACUCUUACAGUAGUUCAAGCAUCACAGAUAUCCGGGAAUAUAACAACAAAUGAGAUGGCAAAUGCUAUGAGAUACAGUUAUCUCAGAGGCCCAGGUGGCCGUUUCAGAAACCCAUUUGACCACGGGGUGCGUAAGAACUGUUCUGACUUCUUCCUGAAGGGGUACAAUGAGGAUAUUGAGAAGGUACAGCAGACGUUGCAUCCUGAUGAGGAAAUGGCAACAAUUCAAAUGACAAGAAGUGCAGUCUCACAGAAUGAUGAGAGCAUGCCACUUCAUGCUAAUUGCACGGACCACAGUUGCGCUGAUUCGCAGGCCAACACAAAGUCUCAUCGCCAAGUUAGUUGCAAUCACAGCAAGAAGACUGACAAGACCCCUUUGGGUCUAGGGUUGGGCCUUGGACGUAACAAUCCCUCUAGCCGUUAUGCCCGGAGUCUUCUUCCCUUGUGAUUCAUUUGGAGAAUGGUCUCUUCUUCCCUUGUGAUUCAUUCGGAGAAGGCAAGUGUGUUCUUGUUUUAGUUGUGUGUGUUCCUUCCACGACCACACGUUUUUUGAGUUGCUAUCUCUUCAUCUGUGAUUCAUUGGUUUGGGCUGGCUGCAUUGAUAUCGUGAUGAACCUAGAUGGCUAGAUGCAGAGUCACAGGUUCGCCGAGCAAGGAAAGGAGCACAAAGGAGAUUGAAGUUGUAUGAGAGCUCCAAAACAAGAGAAACGUUAUGAAGGCAUAAGAAUUUUGUGUGUGCAAAAAAAGGCACCAGUGUACAAUAUCUUCGAUUUUGAUAUUUUUGUAUGUACAUGAGGGUUGCUAAUUAAGAAUUUCAGAUGCUGUCUUAUUUUGGAAAAUACAGUUGUACAUUUGAAGAACUGAGAUAUAAAGUUAGGCAAUGCUAGCACAUGAUUUCCUCA